UGUAGAAUAGGUGAUUGACUAGGGUUUGACUGAGAUGGGUGAUCGAUUAGGCCCGAUUAGGCUAGGUCGCUGACUCGCUGUCCUUCCAAAGAGAUGCGGGAUUGACCACGGGUCUCCAUCGUAUAUAUAUCAUUCACUCAAAAUUCUAAAAGGCCUCCGUAUAGUAAACGAGGAUAAAGAGUGCAGAGAGCACUCAAUCACAAAGACGAUCUGUUUGGCAGAAAAGAAAGGAAAAUAAUUAUGGGGGCGGAAGCAGAAGAGCGGGAAAAGCAGGGAACUGAGAAGCCAAGUCCCAAUUCCAUCACGGAGGCUCAGUUUCUCUCUUGGAAGCGACAGAAGGAUGCGGAUGCAUCAGCUAGAAAAGCUGAAGCAACAAGGAAACGUGCAGAGGAUAUCGCUGCUGGAACAGUCCAAAUGAAUGGGCGGGAGCUGUUUCUGCAUGAGCCUUGGGUUUUUGAUGACGCUCAUUAUUGAGAUUGGUCUUAAUGAAGGAUUACAUAUGAUACUUUGUGUAUUUAAAUAAAGGCUUACUCCUUUGAAGAAAUUGUUAUAAUAAGGAUUACAUUUGAAAUUCAGCUAUAUGGUCCUGAUAUCUCUUACUUGGGAUGUAUGGUGAUUCAAACCCAAUUCAAGACAUAAGGUUUUCAACCUCUUCUGAUAUCUCACAUCCGCUUACAUCCAGUUAUUUUUAUAACUGGACAUCUCUAGUUAAAGAUUUGGAUGGUCAAAUUUUAAUAAUAGCAUUUUUACACAAACAACGUCAUGUGACCAAAAGCAAAACAGAUGCCGUUUGUUUUCAAGAGAAAAAGAUGCUUACUUUGGAGAGACGCAAGGCUUUGAGGAGUGAGAAGCUAGAGGGAGAUCCCUGCUGGGGUGGGGGGGGGAGAGGAUUAUUGGAGAGCUGGAACAAUCUGGGGCGGUUGUUUUUCUUUGGGGUGGUUGAGUUAGGCAAUGAGGAAGUGGGUGAGUGUGGUGGAGGUUCGGCUCUGGAGGCUGGGGCUUGAGACCGGUAAAGACUGCAAGUGAGGUGUGGAUGGGUUGGAGAAGAACCUGAAUUUGGAGCUGAUUUUGGGGUUCUGAAUGACAUCGAUAUUCUCUCAAUUCUACUGCUGCUGCUGAUGCUUCUCUGGUAACACUUUGUUUCUCUAUCUUCGGGGAUGUAUGUGCAGAAGGGUCUUUGUCCACCCACUCACGAUUUUUUCAGUCUGAAGCUCUCUCAGUUUGUUCUACUAAUGGGGGUUUGUUGCUUCUCUUUGGGGAUGGAUGUGCAGAAGGCUCUUCUCUACCCACUCACCAUUUUUUCAGUCUCAAGUUCUCUCAGUCUCUAUUCUGCUGAAGGGUUUCUAGAAAGGAACGGAAGAAUCGCCAUAUUAGAGAGGGACUCCAUUAUUCUUAGCCCUAGAGUGUAUGAAUUAUGGUGUACAAGUGACGUGCUCUAAUAUGGGCUCUUCGAUGCAUUGUGCUUACUAUGCUAAUCAGAAAGCUAUUGAGGCGUACCAAGUAUGGUUUAGAAGAGAUUGAAGAUCUUAUGUCUCAAAUUGGUUCUGAAUCAUCGUACAUCUCGAGUGAGAUAUCAUAUGACCAAAAGUAUAAAUCUUGGAAUCAUUCACCA